AUGCGUUCGAAUCUCAGUAUAGGGCCAUCUGGAAGAAAACUGAUAAAACCCUUCGUUUCUGCAGCAGCAACGCCUUCCAGUAUGACAGCCCAAUCGCUUUUGGAAGAAAGCAAGUGUUUGGACGAAAUAAUUCCCGUUAUUCAGACUUUAGAAGCGUCUUUAAGCUCGGCAGGGCCUCAGCACCUCAAACGAAUUCGAGAAACCUGCGAAUCCUCAAAUAAAGUACUGGAUACAUGGAUAAGAAUUCAAUCCCAGGCCGGAUACGCAUACGAACUUAUGAGUGAAGAACCAUAUCUGGAUUUCAUUACGGCUGCUCAGCAGGAUCAAACUUUAACGCCGCAAGCUUUUUUGGAACGGAAACAAGGUCAAGUAACUGAACUGAGGAGAGUCUUGGAAGAAAAGAAGAGCUCUCAGGAAAAGACACAACUCGAGGAAAAACAGCGGCAAUUAAUCAAUAACUCAUCAAUAAAACGUCCAAAAAGAUUCGGCACCACAAAUCGCACCCCUGCAACAAGAGGUACCAUGAAGAAACCCAGUGGGAUUCCAAGAAGCACAUCCAGGAUAACAAAGUCAAAUCCGGGAAGUAGGCCCUCUGCCAACCGUUUUUAA